AUGUUCACCACUCCCCUCCUCCUCCUCGCCGCGGCCCUGACCCCCGCAGCCGCUGCUCCCAGCUGCGGCCGCGCCGACCCGCAUCCUCAAGGCCCUACUCUGCCCCAGACAGGCACCAGCAACGACCUCCCUCUUCCGCCUUCUCACCUCACCCUCAAGCACAUCGCUCUGGGCUUCGGCAUCCAAAACUACACCUGCGCCCAUCCCGGAGCAACCGCCGCGGCGACAGGCGCCCUGGCCAUGCUCUACGACAUCACCGACCUCUACCCGGGCCAGGGCCCUUCGUCCCUGGCCCCCCAAGAUUUUGCCAACCUUCCCGCCCACGCCCUCUGGUCCCACCGCGUGCCCCUCAACCUCACCCCCUCGCGAUCCGGCCGUGCCGGCCCCGGAGCCCUCGGCGCCUCCCAGACCCGCCCCUUCACCCCCGAGACGCCCCUUCGCCUCGACGGCGCCCUGCCGCCGCUUCCCUUCCUCGGCCACCACUUCUUCGACUCGCGCGGCGUCCCCACCUUUGUCCUCGACGGCGGCAAGAUCAACCUCCCUACCGCCAAGCUCGACGCUGUCGCUGCCCCGGGUGACGCCGACGCUGGGCCCGAGGGCACCGGCGCCGUCGGCUGGCUCUACCUGGGGCCCAAGGAGGGCGCCCACGGCGCAAAGUACGUCUACCGCGUCCUCACGGCCGGCGGCGUAAGCCACGGAUGCAGGAACGCGACGGGCGACGACAGCACCAGCUACACGGCCACCUACUGGUUCUACGGCUAG